AUGUCUUGGGCGACAUCAUCACCUGGCAUGGCGAUUAGUCGUGCGCCAGAGGGUGCAGAUCUGGUUCACGAUGUACCAGCGGCAUCCACUGAGCAGCGGAAGAAGGUUGUUGUAGUUGGACUGGGGAUGGUCGGUGUUGCUUUCGUCGAGAAAUUGAUGAAACUCGAUGCAAAGCGCAAGGAAUAUGAUGUCGUGGUUAUUGGAGAAGAACCCCAUCUCGCAUACAAUCGCGUUGGCCUCACGAGCUUUUUCCAGCACCGACAAGUUGAAUCACUAUACCUCAACCCUCAGUCAUGGUACAAAGACCAUGAAGGCACCUCCUUCAGCUAUCACCUCAACACACUCGUCACUGAAAUCAAACCUCAAGAAAAGGUUGUCGUCACUUCAAAAGGCGAUACAGUCUCGUAUGACAUUCUAGUGCUAGCGACGGGAUCGGACGCUCUUCUCCCAAAGCAUACGCCCGGCCAUGAUGCAAAGGGAGUGUUCGUCUAUAGAACCAUAGAAGACCUGGAGAAGCUGAUACAAUUUUCUUCCACGGUCAAAGGAACGACAGGAUGCGUGGUGGGAGGUGGUUUACUCGGACUCGAGGCUGCCAAAGCCAUGAUGGACCUUGAAGAAUUUCAAAAGGUCAAGCUCAUUGAAAGAAAUCGAUGGGUCUUGUCAAGACAACUGGAUGGGGAUGCUGGCGGUAUGGUUGUCGAACUGGUUCGAGCCUUGGGUCUGGAUGUGAUGCUUAGCAAACGUGUUGGCAAGAUUCUCACAACCGAGGACAAUGCCGUCAAAGGGAUCAUCUUUGAGGAUGGCGAACAAAUGGAUUGUACAUGCGUCAUGUUUGCCAUCGGAAUUAAAGCCAGGGACGAGCUUGCUCGAAAGGCUGGCUUGAAAUGCGCUGACAGAGGUGGUGGCAUUGUCAUCAAUAAUGAUUUGAGGACAAGUGAUCCCAAUAUCUAUGCCAUUGGCGAAUGCGCAAGCUGGGAGAAUCAGACUUUUGGGUUGAUCGCCCCUGGUGUUGAACAGGCCGAUGUCCUUUCAUUCAAUCUCAGCCAGGCUAAAGUGCAUGCUCCGAGAAUAUUCAAACGACCAGACUUGAGUACCAAGUUGAAGCUAUUAGGAGUGGAAGUCGCCAGUUUUGGUGAUUUCUUCGCUGAUAGGGACGGACCGAAGGACCUUCCGGUACGACAUGUCAAGCGAGAAGAGAGGAAGGAAGGUGCAGGACAGACCAGAGUCAAAUCCUUGCUCGAUGGACCACCACCACCUGCUGUCAAGGCACUCACGUACAAGGAUCCAUUCCAGGCCGUGUACAAGAAAUACUUGUUCACCAUGGACGGUAAAUAUCUGCUUGGCGGUAUGAUGAUUGGAGAUACCAAGGACUAUGUUAAGCUGGUGCCAAUGGUUAAGAACAAGAAGGCUUUGGAUGUGCCACCCUCGCAAUUUAUCAUUGGAGCAUCCAAGGAUGGUGAGGAAGAUGGAGAUGAUCUGACAGAUGAUACCCAGAUUUGCUCCUGCCAUAACGUCACCAAAGGCGACGUUGCUGGAGUGGUAAAGAACGGCUCAUGCAAGACCAUCGGCGAAGUCAAAACAUGUACCAAAGCCGGUACAGGCUGUGGUGGCUGCAUGCCACUGGUACAGUCAAUUUUCAACAAGACGAUGAAAGAAAUGGGCAACGAAGUCUUGAAUCACCUAUGCCCCCACAUUCCUUAUUCACGAGCUGACCUUUACAACAUCAUCUAUGUCAAAAAGCUUCAGAGUCUCGCCGAAGUCAUGAAAGAAGUUGGGACCGAUCCAAACAGUCUGGGAUGUGAAUUCUGCAAGCCUGCGAUCGGCUCCAUUCUUGCAAGCUCUUUCAACAAACAUAUUUUAGACAAACCUCUCCGUGGACUGCAGGACACCAACGACAAGUAUCUUGCAAACAUUCAACGCAACGGUACUUUUUCGGUUGUGCCUCGUAUUGCGGGUGGAGAGAUCAGUGCGGAUAAGCUGAUUGUCAUUGGACAAGUUGCAAAGAAAUACAAUCUCUACACCAAAAUCACUGGUGGUCAACGUAUUGAUCUGUUCGGUGCAAAAAAGCAAGACCUGCUGAACAUCUGGAGUGAACUUGUCGCUGGCGGUAUGGAAUCAGGUCACGCAUAUGCCAAAUCACUUCGAACGGUCAAAUCAUGCGUGGGAACGACAUGGUGUCGCUUCGGUAUUGGCGACUCAGUAGGUAUGGCCAUUCGAUUGGAAGAACGGUACAAAUCCAUCCGUGGACCACAUAAGAUCAAAGGUGGUGUUUCUGGUUGUGUGCGAGAAUGUGCAGAGGCACAAAAUAAAGACUUUGGCCUGAUAGCCACGGAAAAGGGGUUCAACAUUUUUGUGGGAGGUAAUGGAGGCGCCACACCCCGGCAUUCUGAACUUCUGGCGAAGGACGUCCCUCCUGAUGAUGUGGUUCCAAUCUUGGACCGAUAUCUGAUGUUCUACAUCCGAACCGCGGAUAAAUUGCAGAGAACUGCCCGGUGGGUGGAGCAACUUCCUCAAGGUAUCAAAUAUCUUCGAGAGGUGGUACUCGAGGACAAGUUGGGCAUUUGUGCAGAACUGGAGAAACAGAUGCAAGAACUCGUUGGUACAUUCUUCUGUGAAUGGACCGAGACGGUCAACGACCCAGAAAAACGGAAAGCAUUUGAACAGUUUGCCAAUUCAUCCGAAAACCAAGAACCAGCCGUGGAGAAAGUUGAGGAAAGAGGACAACUGAGACCAGCAUAUUGGGCACAAGACUCGGUCCUUGAUGAUUUCAAGGGCACACGAUGGACAAGUCUGACGUGGCAGCCAAUGGUUGAAGCCAAGAAGUUCCAGGAUAUUGACACUGGAUCGUCUCAGACAGUGAUCAGAGGUGAUACCCAGCUGGCAGUAUUCAAGGUCAAGGGCAAAUACUACGCGACUCAACAAAUGUGUCCACACAAACGGACCUUUGGACUUUCUGACGGCUUGAUUGGAGAAGCCUCGUCACCGGACUGCAAGGACAGCAAGCUUUAUGUCAGUUGUCCUUACCACAAACGAAAUUUCCAGUUGAAUGGAGAGGUCGACUUUGACAAGAAAGAAGCCGGUGCAGGAUCAUGUUCCAAUGAUACGAGCAUGUCGAUCGCAACCUUUCAAGCAGAAGAGCGGGAAGAUGGUUUGGUUUAUCUGAAACUCCCCCCAGUGCAGGAAAUGGAUGCAGUUCUUGGGACGAACAAAUGGGUGGUCAAGAAGGAAGAAGGCCCCAAACCAUUUGAGAGUCUGGACAGAAAACUCGGCCUCAAUAAAGGGUUGAGGGCUUCCCGCACCAUGGGAGCGAUGCCAGGUACCGGCAAUGUCAACGCAGCACGGACUGUGGCCGUUGCAGCACAGAGAAGAAUUGAUUGGUAA